AUGCUAGUCUCAUUAUUCAACGCAACAUCUGUCUUUGGUGGGAUGGCCCUAGGAGCACUCUGUGACCGCUUCUCCGUCACAAACAUCAUGCUACUAUCCUCAGUUGGAUCGGCAUUAUCAGUACUUCUAUUCUGGGGUAUGGCAUCAUCCUCAAGUGCAGACUCGUCACAGACAGCCAUUGCCCUUCUUACUAUCUUCUCUAUCACGUAUGGCUUCUUUGCUGGAGGAUUCAGCUCCACCUGGUCUGGGGUCAUUACUCAGAUUAAGCGUGACUCGUCGCCAUCUCUAGACACUGGACUUGUCUUUGGGCUUCUUGCUGGUGGACGAGGAAUUGGAAAUGUUAUUAGUGGACCGUUAAGUACAGUGCUGCUUAAGUCGGGGUCUUUGGGGGAGUCGAGUGGUCUGAGAGGUAAUACUGGUUAUGAAACACAGUAUGGAACACUGAUUCUUUUCACUGGUAUCACGGCAUUUUUCGGUGCAUGGAGCUGGAUGUGGAAGUAUAUCAGCCCUGCACUGCGGUGUCUCUGUUGA